UAUCCUUCUCUGCUAUCGAGAUUUCACUCAUUUUAUCUCUCUCUCUUUCUCUCCCCAAAUUAAGAAAUGAGUUCUCUUGCAAAGAAACCUUAUGCUUACUCAAAGCUGGAGAUUGAAGACCCAGAAGAGAGAAAGCAUCGACGGGCACAGUUCUUGAUCAACAAAAUACUGGAACAAGCUGAUACCCGGAGAAGACAAUCGUCUCUAAGAGUGAGAAUAUGCCGGUUAAAGGUAAAGAUUGGGAAGAGGUUCAAGAGGCUGAGGAAGACUAUGUUGCUCACCAUUUCUACGGCUAGAGCUAGCUUGUACAGGCAAGUUCUGAGACAAUUCAUGAAGAUGUGGAAGCGCUUGAUUAGCGGCAGAGAGACCAUAGUCAGUCUUCCUCCUCUGUUCACUUGAGCUUUUUCUUGUUUUUGCUUCUUCAUCUUCUUCUUCUUCUUCUUCUUCUUCUACCUGCUAUGUCAAGGUUCUGGCUUGUUACCAUGAAACUGUCGUUUCUACCAUUCUACCUCCCUAUUCUGUCAAGCUUGCACAGAGAACAAGUUUUAUUGGAAAAUGCUUGCAUUUCGCUAAUUACUAAU